AUGGGCAUUCUCUCCUUCGUGGAGGAUCGGCCUACGCCGAAAUCAGUGUAUAACUGGCGCGUCUAUCUUCUUGCAGCCGUUGCCUCUUGCACAUCAUGCAUGAUCGGUUAUGAUAGUGCUUUCAUCGGCACAACUAUUUCUCUUCCAUCCUUCGAAUCUGAAUUUAACUUCGCUGCCAUGUCACCUUCUCAUCUGACUCUCAUCAGUGAGAACAUCGUGUCCAUCUACCAAGCUGGUUCUUUCUUCGGUGCUAUUUUCGCUUACCCCAUUGGCUUUUACUGGGGUCGGCGAAUGGGAUUGUUGAUUGCUGGUUUGGUCUUUGUUCUUGGUGCUGGUAUGAUGAUGGGUGCUAAUGGUGCGCGGGGCUUGGGUCUUAUCUAUGCCGGUCGUGUUUUGGCUGGUGUGGGAGUUGGUAUGGGUUCGAAUAUGGCGCCUAUCUAUAUUUCUGAGCUUGCGCCUCCUGCUAUUCGUGGUCGGUUGGUUGGUACAUAUGAGCUUGGAUGGCAGAUUGGGGGUUUGGUUGGAUUUUGGAUCUGUUAUGGCGUUGAACAAACACUCCCUUCAAGCACUAAACAGUGGCUCAUUCCAUUCGCCGUCCAACUGAUUCCCGGCGGAUUGUUCCUACUCGGUUUGAUCUUUGUCAAAGAGUCUCCUCGUUGGCUUCUUUCUCGCGGACGACGAGCAGAAGGUCUCAAGAAUCUCUGCUGGAUGCGGCAGCUCGAGGAACACGAUGUCUAUAUCCUGGAAGAAGUCCGAAUGAUCGACCAAGCGCUGGAAGAACAGUUCGAUGGCGAUGGCAGCGGAUUCUGGAGACCAUUCAAGAUCGCCUUUUCAGACAAGCGAAUAAUGUAUCGAUUGUUCUUGGGAAGCAUGUUGUUCUUCUGGCAAAAUGGAUCCGGUAUCAAUGCGAUCAACUACUACAGUCCUACCGUCUUCAAAGAACUUGGCGUUACAGGUACCGAUACCGACCUCUUCACUACUGGUCUCUUUGGCGUUGUUAAGACUGUUGGGACAUGUAUUUGGAUUCUGUUCCUUAUUGAAUGGGUUGGUCGACGUCGUCUUUUGAUGAUCGGUGCUGCGGGCAGCUCGAUCUCCCUCUGGAUUGUCGGAGGUUAUAUCCAAGCCAAUCCUAGUACUGGUGGGAAGAUGACGCCCGGUGGUACUGCGGCCAUCUUCUUCUUCUAUCUCUCUACUGCUUUCUAUACGCCAACAUGGAAUGGAACACCAUGGGUUAUCAAUGCUGAAAUGUUUGGACCAAACGUCCGAUCUCUUGCGCAGACUAGUGCUGCUUGUUCAAACUGGCUCUGGACCUUCCUCAUCUCUCGUUUCACGGAGCAGAUGUUCGCCGCCAUGGGCGCUGGCGUCUGGUUCUUUUUCGCCUCUUUGAUGCUAUGCUCUAUCUUCUUUGUUUUCUUCCUCAUCCCAGAAACAAAGAGUAUUCCUCUGGAGAGGAUGGAUCAUCUUUUCGAAUUCAAGCCGGUGCGAACUGCCCACGCAAAGAUUAUGGCGGACUUGCAGGAAGAGGAUGAACAAUUCCGACAGGAGCUUGGAGUUUCCACAGAAAAGGGCGAGGUUACUCAAGUCGAGCAUGCGGUUUAA